AUGACCCGCCUCAAAGUUCUCAUCUGCGGUGGUGGCUGCGCUGGGCCAGCAUUGGCAUUUUGGCUUGCACGGCUAGGCCAUCGUGUUACCAUCGUUGAGCGUUACCCGGCACUGAGAGCGACCGGAGCACAAAUCGACUUCCGCGAGCAAGGUAUCGAGGUCCUCAAGCGCAUGGGACUUCUCGACACCGUUAGAGCGAACCGAGUCGACGAGGCCGGCAUGGCUAUAGUUGAUUCCACUGGCAAAGCUGUCGGCACUCUUAUGGCCAACACGUCCGGCAAAGGUGCUCAAAGUGGGACAUCUGAGUAUGAGAUUAUGCGAGGUGAUCUUGUCCGCAUUCUUUACGACGCGACAAAGGACAAUGUCGAAUACAUUUUCGGGAAGACUGUCGAGAGUUUCGAGCAGGAUGAGAAAGAGGUUAUCGCCCACUUCUCUGAUGGUUCGUCCGAUACUUUCGACAUACUCGUCGGGGCCGAUGGUCAGGGUUCAAGGAUUCGAAAAGCCACACAGCCAACGGACGCCCCGGACCCUUACCGCCAUCUGGGUUUGCAUGCAUCAUACUGGUUCAUUCCGCGCGAGGACGGCGACGACAAUAUCGGCAGAGUGUACCAUCCAGCAGAAGGACGCAUGGUCUUUCGUAGGACUCACAACCCGACGGAAACGCAAGUCUACUUUUUCAUCAAAGACCAUUCGAAUGAGGCGUCACUCAUUCACAGGGGAUCAGUGGAGCAGCAGAAGGAGUUCUGGGCGCACAAGUUUCGAAACGCUGGUUGGCAGACGGAUCGCUUCAUGAAGGGCAUGAAGACAACCGAGAACUUCUACAGCCAGGAAGUUGUCCAGGUCCAGACCAAGACAUGGUCCAAGGGCCGCGUUGUUCUUCUUGGCGAUGCGGCACAUUGUCCCUCGCCCUUCAGUGCCAUGGGCACAACUAGCAGCUUCGUGGGAGCAUACGUCUUAGCAGGGGAGAUAAGUCGGCAUCCAGAUGAUCUUCCGCUCGCUUUUGAGAACUACGACAAGAUUCUGCGCCCCUUCAUCGAUGAAUGUCAGAAGCUCAGCCUGCCGAUGAUCAGGCUGACCAUGCCAGACACGUAUUGGGGCGUUCUCAUCCUGCACUGGAUUGUCUGGAUCCUCUGCCUACUGCGCGUCCCUGAAAUAGCGACCAAGUUCUCCAGCGAGGAGAAGGGAGGCUGGCCCUUGCCGAGCUAUCCAGAGCUUGCGCUUAAGCAGUAA